AUGGAAUUCUGGAAAAAUGCCCUUAUCAUGUAUGCUAUAGGAAAUGAGCUUUCUAUGAAUGCAGUUAAGAAGUUCAUGACUACAACAUGGAAUUUCGUGACCUUACCGGAUUUGUACUACAAUGAAGAGGGAUACUUCCUUAUUAGAUUCAAGGAUAGAGUUGAUAGGGAUGCUGUGUUAAUGCGACGACCGUACUCUAUCUUCAAGAAGCCUAUUUUGCUUCAUGAAUGGAACCCAAAUUUCACACUGCAGGAAGAUGUGCUGAGGGUGUUACCUAUUUGGGUGAUGUUUCCCCAAUUUCCUUUGUAUUGCUGGGGGGAUCAGAGUAUUGGUAAAAUUGCUAGUGCCAUAGGAAAGCCACUCAUGACUGAUGAGUGUACAACAAAGAAGCUUCGGGUAUCGUAUGCACGAGUCCUAAUUGAAGUUGAUGUUACACAGGAACUACGACAACAUAUCACAAUCGGGAAUCCACGGGGUGAGAAAAUGAUCCAACAGGUGGAGUAUGAAUGGAAACCACCCUUUUGCAAAAGCUGUAACAAAGUAGGGCAUGAAUGUAAACAAAAGGAGGAUGGUCUUAAGAAAAAGAAAGAGCCACAAAGAGUUUGGGAGCGGAAGAAGCCACCUGAGGAGCCUAAAAGCUCAGAUGAAGUGAGCAAAUCUGUAGCCCAAUUGAAUGUUGUAGAAGGACCAUGGAUCACUAUACAAAUAAAAGGAAGGAAAGGAAAGGAACCUGCAGAAGUGAGAGUUGAAAUCAUGAAUGGUUUUGAGGGACUUCUGGUAGGGGAAAGCUCUCAUACUAAGGGUGUUACGUGA